AAACCGCUUCAAUUCAACCCUCCUUUACUUUUUCUCUCCAAAUUAAACCCCACACCAAACCAAAGCACAAGUUCACAUUAAUCUGUGCAAUGGCUCACGAUGAUGAGCAUGAUCCAAAAACCAAAAGAUCCCACUACCCACUCAACCCCAACGGUUACCAAAUCCUGGAUGAAAUCGGUAGAGGAUGCAGUGCCAUCGUCUACAAAGCCUUAUGCACCACCACCUCCACCGUGGUUGCCAUCAAAUCCAUUGAUCUUGACCGAUCAACCACCGGUGAUUUCGAUAACAUCCGUCGUGAAGCUAAAACCAUGUCCCUUUUAUCGCACCCCAACGUUCUCAAAGCCCACUGCUCCUUCACCGUUGGCCCUCGUCUAUGGGUGGUCAUGCCCUUCAUGUCUGCAGGCUCUCUCCAAUCCAUCAUGGCCUCUUCUUUCCCUAAUGGCAUUUCUGAGAAUUGUAUUUCCAUAAUUCUCAAAGAAACACUUAUGGGUUUGUGUUAUCUUCAUGAUCAAGGCCAUCUGCAUAGAGACAUCAAGGCUGGGAACAUUUUAAUGGACUCCAACGGCUCAAUCAAGCUGGCAGAUUUCGGUGUUUCAGCUUCCGUUUACGAAACAAGCUCUCGUUGUCUUAACCUCAACGAAAUCACUGGUACGCCUUACUGGAUGGCGCCAGAAGUUAUACAUUCACAUAAUGGGUAUAGCUACAAAGCUGAUAUAUGGUCAUUUGGAAUAACUGCACUUGAAUUAGCACACGGGAGACCUCCCUUGUCCCACCUUCCGUUUUCGGAGUCUUUAGUGAUGAAGAUCACAAGAGGGAUGCGAUUUUCCGAGUACCAGAAAGAAGAAGAAAAGGGGAAGAAAUCAAAGUUGUCAAAGUAUUUCAAGGAGAUGGUAGGAUUGUGUCUUGAACAAGAUCCUUGUAGACGGCCUACUGCCGCAAAACUUUUGAAGCAUUACUUGUUCAAGAACUGUAAAGGUUGUGAUUUUCUUGUCAAGAAUUUGCUGCAUGGAUUACCUUCUGUUGAGUUUAGGUUCAAGGAAACUAAGGUUCAAAGGAGUGGAUCAAUGAGUAAGGAACAUGAGGAUGAAGAUGAUGAUGAUGAAGAAGAGGGUUUGAUAGGUAGUAAUGUGAAGAAACACAGGAGGAUUAGUGGAUGGAACUUCAGUUUGGAUGCUUGUCAGCAUGGUCCUGUGUUUCCUCUUGUGGACUCCAUAAGUGGUCCAUCCACGAACACAAGUUGUGGAGACGAGGAAACGGCGAAACAAGUUGCAUUUUCAGGUGAAAGUGUUGUGUCUGAAAAUGAAGGGAGUUCGCGUAGUAAUGUAACAGAUGGUAGUGAGGGAGAAGUGUGUAUUGGUGGUGGGAGUUGUGUUGAUAAGGAGGUUGUGAUGGGGAGUUUGAUGACAUUGAAAAGGAGUUUGGAUGAUCAAAGAGAGAAGGUGAUAUAUAUGCUCGCGGUGGUUGGAGCCGAAGAGACUAGCGGCGGCGGUGGUGAAUUCGGUGGCAAAGAAGAGAAGCUAAUGCAAGUGAUUGAAAAGCUAAAAUUGGAGUUGGAGAAUGAGAAGAGAAAGAGGACUAGUUUGGAGAUGGAGCUAGAGUUCUUAAAGCUUAAUAUCACAAAUACUUCUGAUGUCUAAACUUUUCACUUGUCCAUAGAGGACUCUUAGAUAGCAUUCGUUUCGUGGAAUGUAAUAGAAGUGGAAUUGGAAUUUGCAUAGGAAUUGAAAUCUAAUUUGGAAUUGUAGGCAUGUUUGUUUCACAUAAUGGAAUGGAAUCUCAAUAGAAUUGGAAUGUAGAUUUCGUUCCUUAUGCUAUUGUUCAAUUCUAAUUCCUUAUUUUGUUGGAACAAAUGACAUAAGAAAUGGAAUCUGCAUUCCUAUUCCAUGCAAAUAGCAUACCAUUUUGUGAAAGUAACACUAUCUUAAGUUUCCUUUUUGAAAUUGAGGUCCCUCACUUUUUAUCUCCGUUUCUCUUUCCUUAAUGUAGAUUUUACUUUCAAUAAAUUGAGAAAAUACACUCGCCAGUUAUACAUGUGAAUUUUUGAUUGUUGCAGGUUAUUUCUGCAACCCUAAGCGCUGGGAGGUAUGGUUGUUUAUAGUAGCAACGACUGCUUAUUUGUAUCAGUGACGAUUGAUGAAGCUAGGGUCUCAUGGUGAUGACGGUGGCUAGUGAUGAUGGCUGAUGACAACGGCUACGGCUAGGGUUAGGGUUAGCGACGACAGCAGUGACUGAGUUGUGGUUGUUAUGAAUUGGGUGGUUGUCGGCUUUAGUGUAAAACGAUGGUAUGUGUGGUGGUGGCUAGGGUUUCUCCAUGGGUGGAAGCAGUAGUGGUGAUGUUGGUUUUGUCGUAGUUAAGGGCGGCAGAAGGAUAGAAGAGAAAGACCGUGCGCAGGUUUUGUGGUGGUAGGGCAGCGGCGGUGGCCAGCCGCCCCUCCGGUGGUUGGCUACAAGGCUCUGAUACGAAGUUAAACUUUGUAAUCAGAAUUGUACUAGAUUGUAAUUGUGCAAUUAGGGUUACAUGAGGUGUGUAUUUACAUACAACACCAUAUUACACAUCUAGUCCCUAUACUAUAAUACUUUUUCUAACGAAAAACAAAGACACUUAUACAUCAAUAUUUAUUAGAAUAUAUGCAUGAUGUAUAAAGUAAAUAUAUUGCAACGGCAAAUUCAAUUCUAAUAAUCUACCAAUUGAUUGACUA